CAAAACAACAGGAUGUACAAAGAGGCGUUUCCUUUUUUCACAAAUGUGUUGCUGACACAGUCACGUAGCUACUUCCUGUUGUCUCAGUAACAGCAUGGCAGAGAUGAAACCACAACUCUGAGAAAAACUAACCUUACUAAUAACUUCACCAGAAGGGUAAGAAACUUACUUCAAUAAACAGUUCAGUUUAAUAAUAUGUUCAGAUGAUAUGAUAAAAGAGGAAGUCAAAGGCACUCAAUGAUUAAAUCACCAGAUGAAUAGGAGACCUAUAGGGGACAAGGAGGAUCAAAAGAGAAGAAGAGAGGAAUAUGGAGACCUAUAGGGGAUAAGGAGGAUAAAAAGAGAAGAAGAGAGGAAUAUGGAGGCCUAUAGGGGACAAGGAGGAUAAAAAGAGAAGAAGAAAGGAAUAUGGAUGAGUGAGAAAGGAGAUCUUAUAGAGACAAAGAGAUGGGGAGCAACUGCUCCAAAAGGAGGCGAGAAGAGGGGGACACUGAAGGAAGGAGAGAAGAGGGGGACACUGAAGGAAGGAGAGAAGAGGGAGACACUGAAGGAAGGAGAGAAGAGGGGGACACUGAAGGAAGGAGAGAAGAGGGAGACUCUGAAGGAAGGAGAGAAGAGGGAGACACUGAAGGAAGGAGAGAAGAGGGGGACACUGAAGGAAGGAGAGAAGAGGGAGACUCUGAAGGAAGGAGAGAAGAGGGAGACACUGAAGGAAGGAGAGAAGAGGGAGACACUGAAGGAAGGAGAGAAGAGGGAGACUCUGAAGGAAGGAGAGAAGAGGGGGACACUGAAGGAAGGAGAGAAGAGGGAGACUCUGAAGGAAGGAGAGAAGAGGGGGACACUGAAGGAAGGAGAGAAGAGGGAGACUCUGAAGGAAGGAGAGAAGAGGGAGACACUGAAGGAAGGAGAGAAGAGGGGGACACUGAAGGAAGGAGAGAAGAGGGAGACACUGAAGGAAGGAGAGAAGAGGGAGACACUGAAGGAAGGAGAGAAGAGGGAGACACUGAAGGAAGGAGAGAAGAGGGAGACUCUGAAGGAAGGAGAGAAGAGGGGGACAGUAAAUGGAGGACAGAAGAGGAGGACAGUAAAGGGAGGAGAGAAGAGGGAGACACUGAAGGAAGGAGAGAAGAGGGAGACACUGAAGGAAGGAGAGAAGAGGGAGACUCUGAAGGAAGGAGAGAAGAGGGGGACAGUAAAUGGAGGACAGAAGAGGAGGACAGUAAAGGGAGGAGAGAAGAGGGAGACACUGAAGGGAGGAGAGAAGAGGAGGACACUGAAGGGAGGAGAGAAGACCGUGACAAUGUCAACAGUGAAGCAACGUCCUUUGACCAAAUACCCCCCCACUCUCUUGAUUCGCUUGAGACAGAGAAGAGACGUGAAGAAAGAGAUGCUACAUUUGUGGAUGAUAACAGGGCGACCCUCAUUCAGAGGGUUACCACGGUGAAACCCAUAGCAGAAACACUUCUUCAGUGGCGUAUGAUCCACAAAGAGGCGUACCUUAAGAUCCUUGCUGCCCAGACCACACCAGAUCAGAUGAGGCAGCUGUACAACGUCUUAAACACAGACAAAGUCAAAUCAGUCUUCUAUAAGCUCCUUCAGAAGCAAGAGCCUUAUUUGGUCCAGGUGUCAGGUGGGCCUGUCUGUAUGGAGGUGGAUUGCUAUGGACAGACUAUGUGCAUUGGGCAGAGCAGCGUGGAUGACGACACAAAAAGAAUUAAGGACGAACUUAAAGACAGUCUGAAGAAGAAGUUUGGAUUUGUGUUUGAAGGCACCGCAGUGGAACAAACUCCCCUCAGCAGCAUCUACACACAGCUCUACAUCACACAAGGACAGAGUGAAGGAGUUAAUAAAGAACAUGAGAUCCGGCAGAUUGAAUAUACACGCAGGGCAAAAAAAUCUACAGACACUCCAAUCAACUGCAAUGACAUCUUCAAACCCUUAUCUGGAGAAGACAGAGAAAAGGAGAGACCCAUCAGAACUGUGCUGAUGAAGGGCAUCGCUGGCAUUGGAAAAACAGUCUCUGUGCAGAAGUUCAUCCUCGACUGGGCUGAAAGAAAAGCUAAUCAGGAUGUUGAUUUCAUCUUUGUGCUCCCACUCCGAGAGCUGAAUCUGAUUCAACAUGACCAGUACAGUCUUCAUGGACUUCUGCGUUACUUCCACCCUGAACUUACAGAGAUAGUAGAGGCAAAGACAUAUGAUACCUGCAAAGUCAUGUUCAUCUUUGAUGGUCUGGAUGAAAGCCGACUGCCAUUAGGUUUUCAUCAGAACAAGAAGUUGACUGAUCUAACUGAGACAUCAUCAGUUGACAGGUUGAUGACAAAUCUCAUUGAGGGGAAUCUACUCCCUGAAGCUCUCCUCUGGAUAACCUCCCGACCAGCAGCAGCCAAUCAGGUCCCCUGUAAGUACAUUGACAAGGUGACAGAAGUACGAGGGUUCAACGACAAACAGAAAGAAGAAUACUUUAAGAAGAAUGUUGAGGAUGAGAACCAGGCCAGGAGAAUCAUCUCACACAUUAAUACAUCAAGGAGCCUCCACAUCAUGUGCCACAUACCCGUCUUCUGUUGGAUUACUGCCAGGGUUCUUGAGCAAAUGUUGAGUGAAGAUAAGAGUGGAGAGAUCACAACUCUGACUGAGAUGUACAAUCACUUCCUGCUCAUUCAGACAAACCUGAAAAGCAAGAAGUACGAUGGGGAAAAGGAGACAGAUCUGGACAUAAUCAUAGAAAGAAACAAAGAAAUAAUUCUCAAACUGGCACAACUUGCAUUUGAACAGCUGGUGAAGGGCAAUCUCAUAUUCUCUAAGAAAGACCUGGAGGAGUGUGGCAUUGAUGUCAGUGAAGCCUCAGUGUACUCUGGGUUUUGCACAGAAAUCCUGAAAGAAGAGUAUGGGCUGUAUCGGAAGAAAGUGUACUGCUUUGUCCACCUGAGCUUCCAGGAGUUCCUUGCUGCUCUGUACGUGUUCCACUGCUGUGCGAGCAAGAACAUCAAGGCCCUGGAGUCGUUCAUUGGGGAUGUGUCAUCAGAGCUGUCCUUGCAUGUGCUGCUGAAGAUGAUGGUGGAUAAAGCCUUGGAGAGUGAGAAUGGACACCUGGACCUGUUCCUCCGCUUCCUCGUUGGCAUCUCAACAGAAUCCAACCAGAGACUGUUACAAGACCUACUGCCACAAACAGAGAUCAGCUCAGAGACUGUCAAGGAAAUUAAGAAAUACCUCAGGGAGCCGAACGUAGAGCAAGUCUCACCUGAUAGGUACAUCAAUCUACUCAUCUGCUUGACUGAGAUGAAAGAUGAUUCAGUGCAUGAGGACAUUGACAAGUUCCUGAAGUCAGGAAAUCAAACAGGAAAGGAACUUGCAGGUGCACACUUCUCAUCACUGGCCAACGCACUGCUGAUGUCAAAGGGUGUGCUGGAUGAGAUUGACCUGAGGACAUACAACUUGUCCCCUGGGUGUACGAGACUGGUCCCAGCUGUAAGGAAAUGGAGAAAGGCCAUACUGAUUGGCUUUGAACUCUCUAUGGAGGACUACGAAUCACUGGCCUCCAUUCUCCAAUCAGCAGACUCACAUCUAAGAGAGCUGCACCUGGACGACAUCGGGGAGCGUGAUCCUGAUGGUGACGAUGAUCCUGAUGGUGAUGAUGAGGCCAGACUGACUGUUCUCGUUGCUGCGCUGACUGUUGUCCUCGCUGCACUGAAACAUCCACACUGUAAACUGGAGACACUGAGACUAGGUGGCUAUAAACUCUCUGAAGAGCACUGUGGAUUACUGCCUUCUGCUCUCCAAUCAGCAGACUCACAUCUGAGAGAACUGGACCUGAGAGACACUAAGCUGUCUGAUGGUGGUGGGAGGGAACUCUUCACUUCUCUGAAACAUCAGAACUGUCAACUGCACAAACUGCGACUGUCUAGCUUUAGACUCUCUGAAGAGGACUGGGGAUCACUGGCCUCCGUUCUACAAUCAGCAGACUCACCUCUGAGAGAACUGGACCUGGACCUGAGGAACAGUGGACUGUCUGACGGUGGUGGGAGGGAACUCUUCACUGCUCUGAACCAUCCACACUGUAAACUACAGACACUGAGGCUGAAUGGAUGUUCCCUGACAGAGAAAGGGUGUGAAGCAUUGGCUUCAGUUCUCAGCUCAAACUCCUCUCACCUGAGAGAGCUGGAUCUGAGUCACAAUGACCUGCAGGAUUCAGGAGUGAAGGUGCUCUCUGAUGGACUGGGGAAUCCACACUGUCAACUACAGAAACUGAGGAUGUCAUUCUGUAGAGUCACAGAGGAAGGCUGUGCUUCUCUGGCUUCAGCUCUAGGGUCAAACCCCUCCCAUCUGAGAGAACUGGACCUGAGCUUCAAUCACCCAGGAGACUCUGGAGUGAAGCUGCUCUCUGCUAGACUGGAGGAUCCACACUGUAGACUGGAGAAACUCAAUGUGGACCAUACAGAAGAGAUCUGGGUUAAACCACAGCUGAUGACAAAAUAUGCCUGUGAUCUCACACUGGACCCAAACACAACACACAGAAACCUCUCUCUGUCUGAGGGGAACAGAAGGGUGGAGAGGGUUAAAGAGGAGCAGCCGUAUCCCGAUCAUCCAGAGAGAUUUGAUCACUAUACCCAGGUGUUGUGUAGAGAGGGUCUGACUGGGCGCUGUUACUGGGAGGUAGAGUGCAGUGGGCUGGCUGACAUUGGAGUGACAUGUAAAGGCAUCAGUAGAAAAGGAGAUGGUUCUGCCAGUGAAUUUGGAUACAAUAAGAAGUCCUGGCGUCUGAUCUGCCGUGGGAAUCAUUACGGUGCCCUCCACAAUAGUCAAUAUACUAAUACAAGCAUAAUACAUGCUCCACACCUCAUCAACCCUCCUCAACCCCAGAGAGACCAGUCCUCCUCCCCUCCACACCUCAUCAACCCUCCUCAACCCCAGAGAGACCAGUCCUCCUCCCCUCCACACCUCAUCAACCCUCCUCAACCCCAGAGAGACCAGUCCUCCUCCCCUCCACACCUCAUCAACCCUCCUCAACCCCAGAGAGACCAGUCCUCCUCCCCUCCACACCUCAUCAACCCUCCUCAACCCCAGAGAGACCAGUCCUCCUCCCCUCCACACCUCAUCAACCCUCCUCAACCCCAGAGAGACCAGUCCUCCUCCCCUCCACACCUCAUCAACCCUCCUCAACCCCAGAGAGACCAGUCCUCCUCCCCUCCACACCUCAUCAACCCUCCUCAACCCCAGAGAGACCAGUCCUCCUCCCCUCCACGCCUCAUCAACCCUCCUCAACCCCAGAGAGACCAGUCCUCCUCCCCUCCACACCUCAUCAACCCUCCUCAACCCCAGAGAGACCAGUCCUCCUCCCCUCCACGCCUCAUCAACCCUCCUCAACCCCAGAGAGACCAGUCCUCCUCCCCUCCACGCCUCAUCAACCCUCCUCAAACCCAGAGAGACCAGUCCUCCUCCCCUCCACGCCUCAUCAACCCUCCUCAACCCCAGAGAGACCAGUCCUCCUCCCCUCCACGCCUCGGAGUAGGAGUGUUUUUGGACUGGCUGGUCGGCACACUUUCCUUCUAUGAGAUCUACUCUGACACAAUGACCCAUGUGUACACAUUCCAGACCAUAUUCACUGAGCCCCUCUACCCAGGGUUUAGUGUUUCUAAUGAGGGCUCUUCAGUGUCCCUGAGCCAGGUAGAGUCGUCUCCUAUGUCCUGGAGGAACACCUGGGUCUCCAUGGAAACACAGUCACACUCCUGUUCUAACUCAACCAUGUGACAUGAUGGGGUGUUGUUGACAGUGAUCAUGACAUCAGAUAUGGACAUUGUAACAGAUACAUGUUGUUGACAGAGAUCAUGACAUCAGAUAUGGACAUUGUAACAGAUACAUUUUGUUGACUGUGAUCAUGACAGAUAUUCAUAUUCACACCACUGAGUCAAUACUUUGUAGAAGCACCGUUGGCAGCAAUUACAGUUGUGAGUCGUUUUGAGGCUCUAAUACACCUGGAUUGUACAAUAUUUGACCAUUAUUAUUUAUUCAAUUCUUCAAGUUCUGUCAAAUUGUUUGUUGAUCAUUGUUAGACAGCUAUUAUCAAGCCUUGCCAUAUAUUUUCAAGCGGAUUUAAGUCAAAAAUGUAAUUAGGCCACUCAGGAACAUUCAAUGUCAUCUUGGUAAGCAACUUUUUAUCAUAAAAAAUGUCUUAAUCCUUCCUGAUGACAAAGAUACUCAUAACAUGAUGCAGCCACCAUCAUGCUUGAAAAUAUGAAGAGUGCUACUCAGUGAUGUGUUGUGGUGGAUAUGGCCUAAACAUUAUGCUUUGUGUUCAGGACAAAAAGUUAAUUUCUUUGCCACAUUUUAUGCAGUAUGUUUUUAGUGCCUUUGUUACAAACAGGAUGCAUGUUUUGGAAUAUUUUAAUUCUGUACAGGCUUCCUUCGUUUCACUCUGUCAUUUAGGUUAGUAUUGCGGAGUAACUCCAAAGUUGUUGAUCCAAUCUCGGUUUUCUCAUAUCACAACCAUUCAACCCUGUAGCUGUGCUUCUACACCUGCAUUGCUUGCUGUUUGGGGUUUUAGGCUGGGUUUCUGUACAGCACUUUGCGAUAUCAGCUGAUGUACGAAGGGCUAUAUAAAUACAUUUGAUUUGAUUUGAUUUGAAAAUCACCAUUGGCCUCAUGGUGAAUUCCCUGAGCAGUUUCCUUCCUCUCUGGCAACUGAGUUAGGAAGGACGCCUGUAUCUUUGUAGUGACUGGGUGUAUUGAUACACCGUGCAAAGUGUAAUUAGUAACUUCACUAUAACUUGCUCAUAGGGAUAUUCAGCGUCUGAUUUUUUUUUUUACACACAUCUACCAAUCGGUGGCCUUCUUUGUGAGGCAUUGAAAAACCUCCCUGGUCUUUGUGGUUGAAUCUGUGCUUGAAAUUGAGGGACCUAACAGAUAAUUGUAUGUGUUGGGUACUGAGAUGGCGUAGUCAAUCAAACAUCAUGUCAACCACUAUUAUUGCCCACAGAAUGAGUACAUGCAACUUAUUAUGUGACUUGUUAAGCACAUUUUGACUCCUGAACUUAUUUAGGCUUGACAUAACACAGGGGUUGAAUACUCAUUGACUCAAGACAUUUCAGCUUUCAUUUUUUUUGUUAACAAAAUAAAAUCCCACAAACAAAA